GCGCAGGAGGGAGAGAGAAAAAGAGAGAGCACAGGAAAGCAAGAAAAAGAAGCUAGAGCCGAGAGAAAGAGAGAGUCGCAGGCAGAAGAGGGAGAAUGCGCGGUGCCUGGAUAACACUUCCACGCUUGUAUCCAGGGCCUUUGUGAAUACACCAUGGGAUGCAUCGGCUCCAGGACACUGACGGGAGAUGGCGUGCCAGUCCAGAAGGAUGGGGAGCAGCAUGGACGUUCAGAAUUUUCAUGGGAAGGAAUCAAUCUGUCUAUGGAAGACACCACGUCAAUUCUGCCAAAGCUCAAGAGGAACUCAAAUGCUUACGGCAUCGGGGCUCUGGCUAAUGCUUCUCUGUCAGGUGUGUCAGGUGUGAGCCGCACUAUGAAGGAGAGAGUGACCAAGCCCACAGCCAUGGCCCAGGGUCGUGUUGCUCACAUGAUUGAAUGGCAAAACUGGGGCAUGAGUACGGUGGGUCCAGGGGGCGUCCCCCUGCCCCGCAUCACUACCCAGGAGCGGGAAAAGGAGCGGCGGCUGGAGAGCGACGCCUACAGUGACCUUAGUGACGGAGAGAAGGAGGCUCGAUUCACUGCAGGUAUCCUGCAGCAGUUUGCGAUCUCAGAGGCCACACUCAUGGCCUGGGGAUCGUUGGAUGGAGAUAGCCGGUCGGGCUCAAACCAGGGCAGUGUGGCUCAUCUGAGCGAGAUCAACCAGGAGAGCAUCACCAGUCGAGAUCAGAUAUUGCACCACUCCUCACCAGAGGUGUGGCCUCACACAUAUGUCUCCCAGGGCCACUACUGCCUCUCCUCCUCUGAUGCCUGGGAGCCAAUCAGCAACGAUCCCUCUGGCGUGGCGUCUCCACCUGCUGGCUCCUACGUUAUGGGGACUGAUGGCUAUGAUGGGCAGGCAGCAGCUCACUUUCUGUCGCAGCAACAGCAGCAGCAGUACACUCUCCAACAGCAGAAUCAACUACAACAGCUGCAGCAGAUCCAUCAGAUCCAGCAUUACCAGCAACAGCAGCUUCUGCAGUAUCAGCAACAACAGUCGCUGGAGCAAAGGCUGCACAGUGCCAACCACUCUUUGCAAGCGACGCCCAACAGCACCAUCCACAGCCUGGUCCAUCCCGUUCACCCACCAUUGGUCGAUCUGUGGAACACGGGGCAGAUGGAGGCCUAUCAGACAGACGCUGGAAGCUACAUGGGUGUGGCGGCGAUGGUGGAGCCCAGCCUCUGUGUUCCUUCUGGAGAUGACAUGGGAACGGAACACUCCCCGCUACUGGAGCAGCAGGAGGAGGAGGAGGAGGAGGAGGAGGAGGUUGUCAAGGAGGAAGAGAUAACAAUGUGCAUGGAGCCAGAGUUGGCCUCGUUGACUCCGCCCACGCAACAAGGGGAUGCCUCUGGUGGCAGUAGUCCGGGGCAACCGCCGGCAGAGCCAAUCACAGAGAGGAAGUCCUCCGAUGUCACCUCCAGCCUCAUUCAGAGGCUAGAGAAGGAAGAGGAGGAAGGGCAGGGGCCAGCUGCUUCUAUGGCAACCAACUGAGUACCUGGCUUGUCAAGAGACAAUUAUAAACUGACCUGGGAGUCAGCAAGGAAUGAGCGUAAUAAUACAAUAUAUAUCCAUUAAUCUGUUCCUUUUCAGGUAUCAAAAACAACUUUUUGGUUGCGAGAUGAAUUCUUCAGAAUGGUAAGAAACAGAUCUGGAGGUGGACUCAAAUGAGACAAGAGCUGAUGCAACAAAGGACACCUAUUUCUUUGUAAGCCUUACAUCCCAAAGGUAAUUGAAGAGAGGACGGUGGAGAAACUGAAGAGGAGGAGGCUAAGAAGGAGGAGGAGCACUAACUGAAUGAGUAAUUUUCAUCAGGAUAAUGAAACCACGUUGAGAUGAAGAGGAAGGGAAAGAAAACAUGCAUGCUUUUUAUGAAGACAAACAAUUCGACCCUGUCAUCGUCUUAUAACAAUAAUAACAAUGAUGAAAAAUCUACAAUAAUAACACAUUAUAAUAAGAAUAAUUUUGUAAUAAAGCAAAAAACAAAAACAAAUCUAUGUAUAAGUGUAUGAUAAGAUAUAAUAGUUUUCCUAUGGGAGAACUAAUCUGUUUACAGCUGUUACUCAACAUAUUAGUGUUUAAUCAAAUUCAUUUCCCUGUUGCAUCCAACACAUUGUACACAUGUGUAAUAAAAAUAAGGUUCAGAAAAUGUCAGCAUUUCAGUGAAAUGCAGAUUAACCAUCUAAAAUAAAUUCUUCUAUGAUGUUGUGGCACCAGGAUGCCCGAGGCACAACCCAGGGACAGGCCUGUCCUGCUGACUGCACUCAUUAAACUGCACAGAUAAGGAUUGUACUGUAAGAUAGUGGGCUUCCUACGGUCUCUCUGUAUGCAUGUUUCUUCAGAGCACUAUGGAGUACUUGUACUAUAGAGCACUGUAUAGACUUUGCACUGAUCCUUAGUAUCCCAGGUGGGGCCACAGUGGGCCCGCAGUGAGUUUCAUUACAGAGAAAUAAAGACAGAGCAGUAUAAGCAAGUCUCUUUUGCACUGAUGCAAUCCAACAGAUCAGAGGUUGCCUUUGGACUGUUGACGGUAGCCAGUUCCAACUCUGACAACCAAAACCGAGCCACUUGACAACACAAACCCUCAGCUGCUUUUCUUUUUUCUCCAUAGACCUAGUCACUACAAAACGAGGAUGCUAACUACUAUUUGAAUGUACUGGAAGACAGACAGCAGUACAUAAGUACAUUUUAUUUGUUAUUUCUCCUCACGGUCCACAUGGGAAAGAGUCAAAUGCUUUCUUAAGAAACAAAGAUAAGUCUUUUUAACAUGUGGGAGGGAGCUGUUGAAAAUGGAUUCACUCCUGGCUCUACCAGCCCCCCCCCAACACAAACACACACACACACACACACACACACACACACACACACACACAUAAAAUCUAAAUUGUAACCAGCAACAGGCAGACAAAACACUGGCAUCCCAACAGACCAGUGUCAGCUCUGUCGUAUCGAUGUAAAUAGUCUGAGUAUAUAAAAAUUGCCUCUCACUUACAGUCAAAACUGUUCUAGUACAGUAUGAUUUCUUUAUUUUUUUACACCUCUCAGUCCCACUUUAUUUCGGGAUUGCGCUCAAGCUUACAAUUUAGGCGUGAAUUUAGUUUUAAAAUGAAACCGAGGAAUGUUUGUUUUGAGCAAUCACUUAAACUAGAGCGUUUUAUCCGGUGAAUUCAUCAGUCAGGGAAUCAAAGACGAGCAGUAGUGGUAGUUUUUCUCUGACGGGGAGUACUUUCUCCUCUGACUUUGAUGAUUGUGUGAGAAACUUUUAAGAUAAACAAAAGAAACAUUCGGUUUAUUGACUUGAAUGAAUUUAUUUAUUGAUUGAUUGCUUCUUUAUGCAAUGUUGGGGACAAUGUUUAUUUUUCUACUGACUUGUUAAACCCCUUCCAGUAGAAGUUAGAAUAGUGGUCAUGGUUGUAAAGCCAUCUUGUUUUGGUCUAGUUUUGAGCACUUUGCACCAAGAAACACAAACAUGGUUAAAAGAUUAGAGAUGGAUAGUUUGGCAGCUCUCAAUUAUAAACAAAUCUAUCAUCAUUUUUGUUUCACUACAAGAAUCCCUGUUUAAUAACUCAUGAAAACAAGGGCUCAAAACUGCAAACAGAAUGUCUUUACACAGUGGCACAUAUUCAUUUAUUUAUUGAACAAUUACUUGGUGGGGAGGAGUGAUGUGACAGCUUGCACGGAGUCUAUCAUUUCAUGUAGGUACCAACCCUUGUGGGAGCAGUAUCUUUUUUUAUGAGUCAGUUUUAAAGACAUCAUGUGGUGGAAAGACUAUAGCUUUAGAUUUGUUGAUGGUAUAAAUUGCUAAACUAAUUUGGGUUUGACUAUUUUCACAAAAAAAAAAAAAAGAGAACGAUAUUAGUUUGUUUGAAAUGGACUUGAUAAAAAGACACUGCUCUUGGGUUAUUUUUUGCUUUUUUUGUUUGUUUAUCAAAAUCUCAAUGAAUGAAUAAACUAACAAGAAGCCAAAUAUAUGAUGUAGAUGUUAAGGUAUACUGAUCACAUCUUUGUUAACUGACUGGUUUGCAAUUGAGUUCCUCUUUUUGUAUAAUUCAACUGCCAUCAUUCAAAGAGUUACAGUAACUUUUCUGCAGGCAUGACGCUCAAAAUCUGCUUCUGAUUCUCUGCCUUUCUCCUUCUCUCUCUUUGUAUCUGUUCUGUGUAUUUGUGUCUGUCUGUAUGUCUGUCUGUCAGUGUACAGUAAGUUGUCUCUUUGGAAGAAUCACUGCCUGGAAAAAAAGAAAUAAUUUUACAUCAACCAAACGGGAUUUGAAGGCAAUCAGAGAAGUAACUUAGAUAUGAUUUGAAAAUGUGUGGCAAAAAAGUAACCGCUGUUAAACAAUGCUGUUAAAAAAUUGGAUGGCUUCUGUAAAAAUCUGUAUAGAAUUGGCUUUAUUUGUCUGAAAUGAGGCAGUUUGACUUGUGAUACCAGUGUGUACACUCACACCUAUGCAUGCUUGUUGGACGGUUGUCACAUGACGGUUCUUCCACGUGGUCCCCCCCUCUCUCUCCUCUUCUGUCAACAACUCUGUUUCUUCCUGUUUUUCUUCCUUUUUUCCUGCACGACAGAACCUCUUACACCCUCUCAAGCUCCUUUACCUGUCUCCUCUUCUUUUCCACUGGUGGAGAAAGAGCAAAUAAACAAACCAACAAACAAUGGCA